UUGGAGCGUUAAACAAGGUGAGGUUUUGAGCAACUUUAAUUAAACCAUUGAGUAACAGCACUCUCCCAAGACAAGUAAUUAAGUCAUUUGGCAUUAGACAGAGUAAGAUAUUAAGUAUGGCACUUCGAUCAGAGCACAUUAAUUGCUAUUAAUGGGGAGGUUACUUCAAGAACCAACUGUCUUCUGCUCAACUGUCAAUGCUCGCUGUUUCGGAGUGAUUUUUUAAUUAUUAAAAAGAAGAAAGAAAGUACAGUAAGUAAGUAAGUAAGUAAGUAAGUACGUACAAUGCAAGACAAAUUAACUCAGCUGUCUCCAAAAAUAACAUAAUUGUGGAACAUGAGGGUAAUGUAGAGCAUUGAGCAGCACAUUGGGAACAAUGUAAGAAAUAACAGUUAACAGUCCAUGAUUCUGCCCCAUUCCCAGAAAUACUGGACUGUAAAGUCAAUAAUUUUCUAGUCUAUUAAAAGAAAUAAACUGGUGCACUGCCUCUCCACUUUGAUAUGAAAAUAAUACAAUAUAAAGUAAAAACAGGAUGUAAAUCAGGACAAACAUCUAGACUUAACUCUUCUUUCUCAUCUGUCGUGGUAAACCCAUAUCUUUAACUCAUUAAGUGGCAAGCUGUUGCAAUGUUUCCACCUAAGUGGCAAGCAUUUGGCGUAUUCUUCAUUGAAUUCAUUUGAAUGUGCACAGAACUGUCGAAGGGAAGUUAGAGACUGAUGUUUAUCGCAAACCCACAUACACAGACAAAUAUUUGUCAUACGACUCUCAUCACCCAGUAAGCCAUAAAAGAUCCGACUAGCAAAAACUUUGCUUCAAAGAGCUGAAUCCUUGCCGUCAAACAGCGAUUCUCAAGCUAAUGAACGUGAAUAUGUUCUAAAUAUUUUAGGGGAAAACGAUUACCCAAAACGUUUUCUUAAUGAUUGCCUGAGAUCACCUGUUUGUAGGAACCAAAAUAACUCCGAGGGUGAUACCUCUGAAGUCAAAUCAGUUUGAUCAUCUGAUUAUCAAUUUCCCGUUCGUAAUGCAAAAUGACUGAAAAACGGCAAACUUCGUAAGGCUAUAUUAUCCGCAUUUUACAACAUUUCGCAACGAAACUUUGGAAUAUUACUAAUUUUGUGAUGCUCUUUCAAGCUGUGAUGACAUUUUUGUCCAGACUUGUCUAGAUCAAAAUUUCACUCAAAAGGGGAAAGGUCUAUUGAUUGAUUGAAUUAUUUAAUACGUAAUCGUUAAUAAAGAAGUUUAGGCUAUUGUUUUUUAUCGUCCUUCUCCUCGAGCCACAUGAAGGUGUUGGUUGCUGUAUGGAAUAGAGUUCCUGCCGUCUUAUAGCUACUCUGUUUUAAUAUGGAACUUCUUGAUUACCAACCUCGUUCCCAGAAGGAAAAGCUUGGAAACGAGGUUGGUUGGUUACGUGAUUGGGCCUUUAAAGAUGACCGCAUUUGCAAAAACCACGGACUUCAAAUAAUUGUUUUAUAAGACAGUCUCGAUUAUGACUCUUAUAUAUCAAAGAAAGCAAUUAAGAACAAUUUGACACCUAAGCUAUAACAUGCAUUAUUUAUUAUAAUAAUUUUAAGAUCGCAAACUUUGCAACUUUGCAUAGAUCAACUGCAAUUCUGUAGGGUCGGAUAUUUGUGAAUCAAAGUUUUUGAGAAAAAGUGGAUCGGAUUUUAGAAACAUUUGCCAUAUUCCACAACAGUCCGCAAUAGUUUGUAUGUAUAUUACUAUAUACUGUACUUGAUAUCUAUAUCUAUUCUAUUUUACUAAACUGAAAACUCAUAGUCUAUUGUAGUUAUCUUACUAUUAAAUGUUGAUGAGUAUUAUUAUUAUGUAGUCAUAAAUGCGAGACAAUUUUCGUAAAAAAUUGGCUCGUGGUUCAAUUAAAUUGUAUAUGGAAGUGUAUAUUAUCUGGGACCCUGAGACAGAUAUAUACAGAAUUAGCCAUUUCCCAAAGUCCUGGAUCGAGAACUUGAGUCCAAAAAGUGAAGCCAAAGAUGGCGGGAAUUGAAGAGCUAUUGGACAUCAACCCAGUCCCUUUCUAUUUUUGUUUGCGCGGUCGGACACGAAGCUGAUGAGAGUGUGCCGAAAUUUCAUAUUUUAAUUUAACUUCGAUUUGAAGACUAAAUUUAUGAUUUUACGAACUGAAAACUUGAUUAGCGAUACGGUUCGUUAUAUAAAAAACUGGAAUUAGCUGGGGAAAAUUGUAUAAAAACUGUUUACGACCUUCGUAGUAUUGGACGUAGCCUGGGCACUCAGGCUAUAUUGGACAUCAAUUUCCGCCAUCUUGCUUUUACUUCUCUCAUAUGCCGAAUGACUGAAGUUCUAGCUCCAGUUAUAUAUAGAACUCACUUUGAGCUGGGUCAAAUUUUGAUGAAGAGUUGAUGAGAGUUUUUGUUCGUUCUCAUCAACUCUCAUGCAACUUUUGUUCCCGUUUAGCUGCGGCAUACUGUAAGAGUUGGGAAAACUCUCAUGCAACCCUUGCUAGUUCUCAACUCUCAUCAGCUCUGAUCGUCGUUUAACCGGGGCUUUAGUUAUGAGAAGAUGUCUCACACUGCAAAAAAUUUGGACUCGAAAACUUGCGUAAAAUAAUGCACCUACAAUCACUCCAAAUAUUGAGUCAAAUUAGCUACUCGAAUUUAUGAGCAAAUUACUCAUUUCCGAUUUUUUUUAUUAAAAAGCAAAUCUUUACUAGAGUACAUUUGACUGACUUGACGAAAAAAAAAUUAAAUUGAGUAAAUUUGCUCAUGAAUUUGAGUAAUUUUUCUCACAAUUUUGAGUUCCUGCAGUGCCUAUAGACAUAUCUAUAUCCUUUCCUUUGUGUAUUACAUAGGAACGUCUAAUACUAAAUUAUUAUAUAAUAUUAGAUAGUUUGUCUGGUGAAGGCUUUGAAAUAUUGUUGGAAGGUCAUCUUGCUUGGUUUUGGAUUAUAUAUACCAUAUAGGUAUACAUAUACCAUCAAUUUUUCAAAAUGCAUUGAUUGAGACUUUGAUUCAUUUUAUGUCAUUUCAUUAUACAGUGUAUGUCAUUUCGAUAGUAAUCUUAUAAUCAAGACAGCUGUGUGGGCAAAAGCUAUUUACUAGUUCAUUGUACUCUCAUUGUGGGAUAUUUUAAUUGACGUCUUAUAUUUGGCUCAAAUUGGAAGCAUUAUUGCAUUAUUAUUCUUUAAUGCGCAAGAGUGGAUUUGGAAACAUUUAAGAGAAGCAAGGCUGGUAGAAUAAUAUGAUUUAUAAAAUUUAAUACUAAAUACCUGACUAAAACUGUUUCCCAACAAAACAUGGGCGCCGUGACCCAACCGAAGAAUGUCAAGAAUACCGGGCUAGAUUUCCAUUGAUCCUAUAAGACCGUGCCCCGUGCUUCAACGGUUUUGAUUUUUUACUUCUGACUUUCUGUAGAGUCCAUACUAUUUUGAUUGAGGUGCUUGUGGACUCGAGGAUAUAAUUAUAUAUCUGAUAAUGGCUGGAGAGGUAAGCAAAAUAAUUAACAAUAUUAUUCACUGAAGUGGAAGUGAAUAGUGCAAGGAUGUUCUAAUAACUAACAAACAACUUUAUUUCAAGAGGGUGACAUGCGCGAUUUGCUUUGUGACCCUCAAAGUUACCUAAAUACAAUAAGAUAAAAGUUAGCUAUGAUAAAAUAGUUCCAUUAGUAUAUAUAGAGAAGAAUUAUAGGAAAUUAUGUACAAUUUUAAUAAAACUUCAAAGCGGUCAAUGUCUUUAUAAGUUUCUCUAAAAUAGUUGAUUUCAGGCGGAACGCCAUUCAGAAUUUUAUGCUCGUCACUGUAAAUGUUCCACUUAAACGCGAAGAGUUGCAGAGAUUCAUCCUAAUUGCACUAUUCACCGACACUAAGGUGAAUAAUUGUUUCAGUAUAUAUACCAUAACAAAACAAAAACGACGGAAAAACAACGAAAGUAUUUUUAAAACAACUUGUUGAUUGCAGCUUCCAUAUAGUUGUGGACAAAUCAUUAGAAAUAACUUUAAGGAAUACCUCUAUACACACUGUAAACUUUGUGGCUUUCUUCAUGGUUGGCGAAACUACAGCUUCAUUUAGCACAAAUAUUUUCUCGUCUGCAACUGGAACGAAACGGGAAGCCAUUUUGUUUUUGUCUGCAAGAAGUGAAAAGGAUUUUAAUUCUUGUAUAACACAUUUGCUAUAUAUGAGCAUAUCCCUAAUUUUAAAACUGCAUGCUUAGAUUGGUAAAGAUUGGCAUUAAACUGACCAAUAUAUGAAUUUUAGACACUGAAAAGGAAAUUUGUAAUACAGUACUAGUAGACCUUUUCACGCAAUUUUUCACGCCAAAUUUUUCACGCCAAAUUUUUCAUGGGCAACGAAAUGAAAAUUCAACAUCAGGUGAAAAGAGCAUAUGAUUAGGUCAAUUAUAAAAACAAGAUGACAGAGUCGCUGUUUCUGCUCAAAAUAUAUCUAAAACCUAGCAAGAUAGAGAAAAAUUGAGGCAAAAUUGAGGCAUUUAUCAUGAGGCAAAUUUUCACGUUUAAAAAUGAUAUAGAAUAGUCAUGCAUUGUAGUUUUAAAACAGUAAGUUUAUUUACUCUUUAUUGCCUGCAUGAUACCGUAAUUUUUUUCUUUGCCUGGCGUUCGCCGUUUGCCGUAUAACGCGAAAUUUAAACUCUCUAUUAAUGAUUUUCAUGCUGAGAAAAUAUAAAAAAGAAUAACUUUGUAGGAUUAACAGUUUAGAUUUUAGAAUUUUGAUGGCGCCAGAUGAAGACAAACAACACACUAUAGUCUAUUUGAAGAACUAUGCUGUAGUGUACCAUUAUCCACGCAUAUCCUGGACUUUAUUCUUUAAUUUUUCUUUCAGUUUUAUAUUUAGUGUUUAUAUCCGCUUUGAAUUCAGCCUGAGUUAGCAUGCUAACUUUUAUACUAUUAACUGAUCGUUGUAUCUUAUUGUGUAGGGCGGACGAUUAUGGGGUGGUCGUUUUACCGGAAAUACAGACCCGAUAAUGGAAGCAUUCAAUGCUUCAAUAACAUUUGAUAAACGUAUGUGGGCAGAUGACAUUGAGGUAAUUAGUAAUUUAGUAUGACAAUACAGAGUUGAUGUUCGCGGGCAUAAAUAUGAUUUUGGCCUGACUCAGACUCAUCAGCCUUAAUUGGCAAAGUGGGGUGCACGGAUGGUGCAAAUUAUGUCUUUGUCAAAUCUAUUGUUCAUUUGGAAACUAAGGCAAUAUCCCACCACCCUUACCACCAGCUAGGCCCCUGGCCCCUGCCAGCAACAGUGUUUCCGAUCGCCAGUUCUUCACAGUGCGGCCUUAGCUCCCACCCCAAAACAUGACCGAAGUUCGAUAAGUACCCCCUUCCCGCGCUUACUAUAAAUCUAGUUGGAUCCAUUUUAAUCCAUCAUUUGUUUCCAUGCAUUGACUACCUUUAUGUAAAUGUUAAAACAGGUGGUGCAUAUUCAUCGCAAAACAUUUCUUUGAAAUGGGAAUUUUUUGUCUGCAGGGCAGUAUAGCGUACGUGAAGGGCUUAGAAAAAGUCCAAAUAGUCACCAAGGAAGAAAUGGAUACAAUUAUCAAGGGACUUGAAAAGGUAUACUACAGAGGAUAAGAAAAAAUGAGAUCUUUACAAAUCAAGCUAUUGUAUGCUCCUGGGAAUUGGGGCAUGCAUAAAAAAAUUGUCAAAUUACUAUUUAUAGUCAUACCAUCAGUCAGUCGAAUAAAAAUGGUUCAACACACAACAGAACAACGAGUUUUACGGUUUUACGCUUAAAUUAAUCGGCACACUUUAAAAACAGAUUGGUUGAAAUUACCAAUUUAAAUUGGUUCACUUGUCUCAGACGCAUUAAUUUAACCAAUUUUUAUUGGUUAAACAACAACAAAAAAUAGGUUAAAACAACCAGUUUUAUGGUCGUUUUGACCAAAUAAAAUUGGUCAAAAAGAGAUGCGUCUGAGACAACCAAUUUAAAUUGGUCAUUUCAACCAAUCUGUUUUUACCUGCAGUGCACAUAAUGCAUAUGUUGGACGUAACCAGAUUAAAGUUUUAAAUAACUUCGUCAUGCAUAAAACUCACUUCUUUCUGUUUUGGCUUCAGCAUAGUGCUAUGCAUUCAAAUUCCAACAUUAGCUUGAUCUCUUCUUUUUUAUACACCCUGCAUGUAUAACGGAAACACUAAAUAGACUUAGUCUGUCGUCCUGACUCCUGUAGACCACUGAUGUGAACACUGGACUGGAUUGACAUCCUUUUGAAGCGACUUUUUAUCUGUCAAAUUUUUGCAACUCAAUUUUUGACAUACACAGAGCCAUGUUAUAAAAAGUAGUCUAAGGAAAAUACUGAGCAUUGCCCACGGUUUAUUCUACAGACAUUUUUAUGUAAAGAAAGUGUAUAGGCAGAGUAGAAUGUGGACCGCCGGGUGACACCGAUGUCAACUCAACCUGCUCGAGACGAAGGCUUUCUGAAGGUGCCUCUUGUAGCCACCUUAUGAAUCAUGUCUGAUCACGGAACACAACUAUACGGAUGAAGGGUCAGUUUGGGGGUUAUCCCAACUCACCCUGUCAACAUUCCCUGCAUGUGGGAGGAGACCAGAAUACCCGGACAAAACCCACGACCUUCGGUAGAGCAUUGACUGACUCUUUUCACAUAAGUGUCAUGGUCAGCUAGAAUCGAAUCACGUUCUCAGAAGUAAAAUUCACUUUCUGUCACGUUUGCACCUGCCGAAGCCCCUCCAUAUGGAACUGUAGGUUAUAAUCAAACGUUGACAGUUUCCUGCAUAGGCGUACGGGGGGCAGGGGGGGGGGGGCAGCUGCCCAACAGGGGGGCAGCUGUUACAAAGUCGAAAAGUCGGGCAAAUGUUCAGCAAAAGUCGGGCAAAAGUCGGGCAAAAAGUAGUCAAAACAAGAAAAUCUCUCUUAAUAAUAACCCCAGUUUGUUGGGCAAACAAAGCCAGUUGGGUAAUAUUCGCUUCAUAGUCGAGCAGUAUUUGGUUAUUAUAAAAAUAAAUGGGACAAAUUCUGUAAAUUUUGUUGGAAAUAUGUCAAUUUUUAGAUUUUUGGGAAAGUUUGUUUGAGGUUUCGAAAAAUUUGGGUAUGUCCGAAAAAUUUAAAAAAAUUUUUCGGCACUAGUCGCGCACAAUCCGAAAAAGUCGGGCAAAUUUCUUUCUGCCCCCCAAUUUUUUCCUUCCCGUACGCCUAUGGUUUCCUGAAGGUUGAAAUUAAUGUUGCAUCUGACAUUUUUGCUUUGUAUUCAUGCGGAUGAGUUGUAUCGAUAUUUUAAGGUGAAAGAAGAGUGGUCUUCUGGUGAAUUUAAGUUACAGCCUGGGGAUGAAGACAUUCAUACUGCCAAUGAAAGAAGACUAAAGGUAAUUAAUAUGAAAAUAAAUUAUAUAUUAUAGAUUCGUUACAACUCCUAGUUCGUGUAAGUGCAUGGCAAAUUAUGGAACAUGCAGAUGGAUACAACGUCCUAUCAUUGAGCCUUUAUUUUAGGGGCCUUUUAAAUUUAGGGGUAGGCAUCUUGAUGUGAUAAUGUAUUAUUAAUUAUUGUUUUUAAAUGGUUACAACAACGACAACUCCUUUAUUUUUCCACUCUUAAUUCUGCGCAUGUAAUAAUUUGUAGUAAAUGCCGGCUGCAGACUGGCCGCGGGGAUGCUAAUUCAGGAUUGUAUUUAUCAACAUGGUGUAUAUAUCAAUGGGAACAAAAUCAGUUCAUUCAUGCUUUGAUGAUUGCAUAGAAAGCGAACGUUGUUUCAAAACUGGGGGGUUAUAAGCUAUUGAAGAACUUCACUACUAUGAUGGCGACGCGAUGAUUACGCUGGUGAUACGUCAAUUGUUUGUUGAUAGAUCGCCUAAAGUUUGUCUAUCCUUUUUAUUACUAUAGGAACUUGUGGGAAGUGUUGCUGGCAAAUUGCACACAGGAAGGAGCAGAAAUGACCAGGUACUGUAUACUGGCAGUUCAUAUCACCACCUAUAAUGGUACAUGUAUAUAAUAAGCAAUUAUUGGAUGAGGCUGAGCAUGAUAUCAAGAAUUAUUCAGACCGAGGUCAAUGUUAUCUGCCGAAGCGAAGCUGAGGCGGAUAACAUAGACCGAGGUCUGAAUAAUUCUUGAUAUCAUGCGAAAGCAGAAUCCAAUAAUUGUUUUAUUAUACAUUUAAAGACAUGAGAAACGUAUAAAACGAUUCCUGUUCAUGAGGUAGGAAAAGUACAAUUUGAAUAUCAAACACAUUGCACAAAGUCAAAGGUCAGUUAAAUAUUCUAUUUCUACUUCUAUUUACCCCUUUGUGGCUUUUUUCGUGCUUUCACUAUCCUUAUCUGCCAAUAAUUUGGAGAGUUCACUUUCAUUCAGCGUACCAAAUCUGCUGUCGGCCAUUGUUUGUUUUUUUUCCCGCGCUUAUAGGUUCAAGCUUUUGGCCGCGCAAGGGUUUGGGCACGAGAGAGUCCAAUAAUUUUUUUUUUGGAUGCAAGUUCGAUCCAAAAAAACAAUUAUUGGACGCUGAUGACGUCAUCGGCGGAAAAUACGUAAUAAAUGCCGAAUACUGAAAAUUAGCCGGUGCUUUCUGACCAAUUAGAAACGAGAAUACAUAUUAAAUGUAUAAUAAUAUUAAUUGUACAGUCCUAGUAGUGUAAAUAAUUAAGAAUUAUAUUUUCGUUUUAGGCUGCCACAGACACAAGGUAAAAUGACAUGUAUGCAGUUAUGCCACUGAAUUUGAAUUUAUUAAAUUAGUUAUCAGCUUUACAGUGGCAGCAAGAGAAAGAAACAGGGCAAAUCCCCAAUUGACAUCAAACCCCUGAUGGCUACAUGAUAAAAUAUUGAAUUAAUAAGAUAUAUUACAGUAUUUAGUCUAAAAUUAGUUGAGCACGUCUUUCGUCAAGAAGUUUCAUCGUAUAGUCUGAGAUAGCUUUUUAAAAGUUACUUAAUAAGUUGGUUGAACGUUUGAUAUCUAGUGCUAUAUAGUGAGUUCCAGAUGGAAACGACACGGUGGAAAUGGGUUUUUAGAUAAUUUUGAGUUGCUCACUGUAUCUUGUAAUUCGGGCACGAUUUUGGACAGAGCACUGUUGUAAGGAGGGAUGAUCUAGAACUAUUAAGCCUAGUCUGUGUACUAGUGACUACUUGAGCAGCCGAUCUUUAUCUGAUAUACAAACUCGAGCUGAAGAAGGCGAGAUCAGAUAAAGAUCGGAUGCGAAUGUUUUAACGUACGUAAAAAACGACCCAUCUUAUGAUUUCAUUGGCGAAGUAAUUUUAAGAAGAAACAUUGUCUAAGCCGAGAAAAUCAUUGAAUUAUACUGGUGUAAAAAAGUUAAGUACACGUAGUCAUAAUUCCUGCGAACAAUUUAUCCGGAAAUUGAAGCUUGACAAUGGUCCUAUAAAUCCUCUUAAGGAUGUUGUUGCAACUCGUAUACAUCCAACUACUCAUAAUUAUAAUCUUAGGUCCGAAUCAAGCUGGCCACUCCAAACGAACACAGAACGGUUUCAAAAUUUUAUAACUGUUAAAUAUAAUUAUUAAUGUAUUAUAGAUUUAGUAGUACUCGUGUAUAUUCAGGUACCCAAUUAUAAUUUGUGGACAGAUUUAAACUGACUAUUCAGAACGAACAUUGAACGGUUUGAACUCAAUUUUAUUUGUAAGUAAUGUAUUUACCUAUAAUCAUGUAAUUCAGUCUCUACUGCAAUGUGAUUAAUUAAACAGAUUAUUAUUAUUAUUGCCGGGUAUGUAAUUGUAAAAUCUCGAACAGUCUGUGCCAGUGUAGGGAGUGACGAUAAUAAGAAGCAGCGGAGUGAUAGGGAUGCAACCAGAGGUGGAAAAUUUUUUUUUCUUUCUGGGAACCUGGGUCGAAGGCUAGAAAUUUUCUGUAAAAUUUGCAAUGUUACAAUUAUACAAAAAUAACAAAACAAAUGCAUAAUUAGUGUAUUAUUUGUAUUUUAGUAAUAAUAGGCUUUAGUCUGGUUUUCGUAUGCUCGUACAUCGCAAUAGUUGUCUGUUAUAUAUACCACAGUUAUGACCAAUUAGUAAGGAUUUAACGCUUAACUAAGUGUCCCAUAAUCUUAUUUAUUCCAUCUAUUUAGUUGUUUACUAUUUAAUUUGCAUUUUAUUGGAGACUUUGCAGAGCAUAUAUUUACCAUUUUACCUCACUGUGAUGGCAGGGAUGGGUAAAAUAAUUAAUUUCUGUAAAAUAUUUAAAAGGCUGCUGAUGUUAGCGUGUAUUGCAGUGUAAAUAAAGUAGAAUGGUUGUAACUAAUUGUAAGUUGAGUAAGCAAAAUCACCCGAUUAGCGCGUUUGACGCCGGCUGACAGCCGGAAAUUUUGUCUCCGAUUGCUCGGCUGCCAGCCGGGCUGUACUAUAGUAUACUGUUCGUUCAAAAAAAUGCGCGCAUUUCGGAGACUGGUUCUAGAAUGUUUCAUAAGCAGAAAACCACCAAAAUUACAUUAAAUUUUCCGAAAAUCAUCGAAAUGCAUCUAAAUUCAUCUUCCCAAUGCAUAUAGCUAACUAUGCGACAGGUAAAUAAACGAGAAAAAAAACAAUUUCGGCCAAAAGAAAAAUUCAAAUUCGUUUGCGCGCAUUCCGGGACCGAACUCACGACCUUCAGCACACACGCUGAGUCUUGUCCCUCUGCGCCACCACGUCUUACACGGAAAAUAUGUUAAUUUAUUGUAUAUAUACAGGUUAUUCUUAGCCAGCGCGAUUAAAGAUUGCGUAAAUAUGUACACCAUCGUACACGGCCAAGGGUACAGUAGCAGCCGAGCCGUAUCUACACUUUAAUACAAUACUUACAAUACAUCGCGGCAUAGAUCACGGCUUCCAGCCGGGGUUAUUUAACUGUAAUACAAUACUACCAUGCAAUACGAGUGUCAGCCAUGCCUGUCGGUAGUAUACUAUGAUACUUCACGGCUACCAGCCGACAAUACGGCUAUCAGCCGGGCCUGUCUGUAGUAUACUAUAGUAUACUACAAUACAUCGCGGGUACCAGCCGACAAUACGGCUAUCAGCCGGGCGUGUCUGUAGUAUACUAUAUUAUAUUACAGACAGGCCCGGCUGAUAGCCGUAUUGCCGGCUGGUAGCCGCGAUGUAUUGUAGUAUACUGCAGUAUACUACCGACAGGCUCGGCUGACACUCGUAUUGCAUUGUAGUAUUUUAUUACAGUUAAAUAACCCCGGCUGGUAGCCGUGAUGUAUUGUAGUAUACUAUAGUAUACUACAGACAGGCCCGGCUGAUAGCCGUAUUGUCGGCUGGUAGCCGUGAAGUAUCGUAGUGUACUACAGUAUACUACCGACAGGCAUGGCUGACACUCGUAUUGCAUGGUAGUAUUGUAUUACAGUUAAAUAACCCCGGCUGGAAGCCGUGAUCUAGGCCGCGAUGUAUUGUAAGUAUUGUAUUAAAGUGUAGAUACGGCUCGGCUGCUACUGUACCCUUGGCCGUGUACGAUGGUGUACAUAUUUACGCAAUCUUUAAUCGCGCUGGCUAAGAAUAACCUGUAUAUAUACAAUAAAUUAACAUAUUUUCCGUGUAAGACGUGGUGGCGCAGGGGGACAAGACUCAGCGCGUGUGCUGAAAGUCGUGAGUCCGGUCCCGGAAUGCGCGCAAACGAAUUUGAAAUUUUCUUUUUGCCGAAAUUGUUUUUUUUCUCGUUUAUUUACCUGUCGCAUAGUUAGCUAUAUGCAUUGGGAAGAUGAAUAUAGAUGCAUUUCGAUGAUUUUCGGAAAAUUUAAUGUAAUUUUGGUGGUUUUCUGCUUAUGAAACAUUCUAGAACCAGUCUCCGAAAUGCGCGCAUUUUUUGAACGAACAGUAUACUAUAGUACAGCCCGGCUGGCAGCCGAGCAAUCGGAGACAAAAUUUCCGGCUGUCAACCGGCGUCAAACGCGCUAAUCGGGUGGCAAAAUGUUGAAAUAAAUUUUCUGCAAAACUCUCAACUCAAAAAAAUUUCUGGGAACUAGGUUCCCAGGUUCCGAUACUUUUUCCACCCCUGGAUGCAACUAUACCUGAUAAAUACAAACAGAACUUUCGACGUUUCGAGCGAAGGCCCUUCGUCGAAAAGUUAGUGCCACCCUUUAGUGAAGAUUAAAUUUAAGGACUUUCCAGUCCUUUCAAGGACGUUUUACAGUGAAUUCGAAGACCUAAAACUGGAAAAGUCUUUGAAAAUGCCACGGAUUUUGCUUUUUGAAACACUACUAUUUAUUCAAAAUCAAUGAUCUAAAUGAUUUUCAAGUAUUAUCAGCACAGCUGGAAGACAGAAACUGCUUGUAGCACCCUUUGACUUUGUUUAUAUUUAUUUAGAUUGUGGUUAAGGGGCAAAGCGAGUGAAUUAAAGAAUCAUCUCAAAGCCUUGAUCAACGUUUUUGUGGAAAGAGCAAAACAG